UAACCUUCCUGACGCCUCAGUUAUUUAGACGACUCUUUUUUCUCUCUUUAGUUGCUUUUGUUCUAGAACCUGCGACUGAAAAAGGAUGAAAAAACGAACGGAAAAGGUCACCAAAGAGAAAGGAGACUCUGGAGCUGAGGACGACGCUGCGAAGAGUGCAGAUGACUACCAGUGCUCUGGCAAUUUGGAGAUGGACUUCCCAGAGCUGUGUGCAUUAGCUGGCAUAAAUGAAAUCCCCCUCCUGAAGCUGAGACAGCUGACAGCAGCAUUCCCUUCUACAGACAGCGGAGCAAUGGAGGACAGUCAAACCCAAAUCUCGCCUGGAAGCCCUGUGACAACUUGGUGUCCAAAACCUUGCAUUCAAGCAGAGAUGGAGAAUGAUGACUCUCAGAGUGCAAAGAAAAUCAUCAUAUCUGGUUGGCAGGUGGAUGAGGUGAUGGCUGAAGUGCUGAGUAAGAUAUUACCAUCACUGAGCAAUUUACAGAGUCUAAAGAUGUGGCAGGCCAGGCUGACUGAUCGCAUUUUGAUCUCCUUGAAGAACACCAUUUCUAUGUGCUCACAUCUCAGGACAGUCAUUUUGGAGGGAAACCCAAUUCCAGAGCAAAGUUAUCAUAUCCUCAUUGGAGAGGACAGUAUGAUAACCCACCUGUCAUUGCGGAACAACUGUAUAGGAGAGGAGGGAGCAUGUUUGAUUGGUUCAGCUCUCUCCACAGUACAUUCUGCCAACAAGAACCUCCUAACACUCAACAUGGCCUUCAACUCUAUUGGUGAUGGAGGUGCCAUUCAUAUUGCGCAGGGGCUGCGUCUCAACCGCUCUUUGUUGUGUCUCUCCCUGGCCAACAAUCAUAUUACAGAUACUGGGGCGGUCUGUUUGGCUGAGGUGAUUGGCCCCUUUGCUCUGACACAUGAGGAGAUCGUUGAGAGAAGGAGGCAGUUGAUGAAGAGGGACCAAUUGCCAUCUCAGGUGGACAUUGCAGACUCUAAAUGUGAGCGCACUCUCUCCAUCCCUAGCAGCUCAUCACUGGAACAAAGCAGUAAAGGAACCAAGAGUGCCUCUAAGAAAAAGGACGUGCCCAAGAAGGAAGAGAAGACAGCAGCACUACAGACAGCAGCUACUGCAGGAAAAAAAGAAGUGACCAAAAAAGACACUAAGGUACCACGUGGUCAAGGAGGAAAGUCAGAAGGGAAAGACAAGCGCCUACCAGGAUCAGAACAAGAGGAAAAGAACAGCUUUGUACAGAAGACAGGUGAGGUGGUUGAGGCACUGAGCCCUUUGCUGGAUCCUGGCAUACGGCACAUCGAUGGAAAAGUCAUUCAGCCAGGAAACACAGCACUUGUCUCUCUGAACCUGUCAGGUAAUAAACUGACAGAACUGUCACUUCAGAGGUUCUUGGCAUCUGCGGUCGGCCAAGGUGAAGGAGGUCUCCUGCGUCUUUCUCUCAAUAGGAACUGCUUCCCCCCAGACUGUGAGACCUUCCUGAAGAUUCAGGAAAUUAUGUCACUUAAGGAUCCUCUAAACAAAACUAGCUCCUGUCAGGUGGAUGAUGAGCAGAGACAGGCAGCUUAGCAUAGCAGAAAGACAUAUUGCUUAUACAUACAUAUAUAUUUAUAUAUACACACACACACACACACACACACACACACACACACACACACACACAUAUAGAUAUAGAUAUAGAUAUAGAUAUACAUGCACAUGCAUAUGUAUAUGUGUAUGCAUCUUCCUGUGAUGAAGUAAUCUUGUCUCAUAUCAGAAAACAGUUUUCUUUGUUCUACAGCGGCACCAGCUUCAUAUAUUCUCUGUGUUCACGUACUUACACAGGGUGCGUUUCAGGCCUUUUACCGCAUGCGCUCUAGUUUUCUCUCUUUCAAUGAUACACACAAAAGCUAUUUGAGUGCUAUCUUACAGUAUGAACUUUUGCCUGAUAAACAAGGUUCUAGUACUGGAGUCCAGAUUUGAGACUGUAAAUAAAUGGUCUUGGUCUUGUCUCAGUAUUGGGGUAAAAUGCCUCCGUCUGAGGACACUCAAAUGGAAUAUCAAUAAAACUUUUGAACAGAAUAAAACUUUUUUUUUUUUUAGAACUAAAAUUUUUAUUGAAUUUUUAACAACAGAGCAGAUCAUACAACUGUACUUCAGAUGGUAAUUAGAGAGCAUUGUGCAGACAUUCAGUAAAAUAAAAUAAACAUCUCAGAAUAGUGUUUUACAACAGGUUCCAUUUGGUUUCAGCAUCACAUAAAUCAAGAGUAGGAAAAAUAAAUGAAUGAUUAAAUAAAAUAUCUACUUGAAGUGGCAAGGACGCGGUACCCGACAUUACAGCAACAAGUUUACUAACUGGGGCAUUACCUGAGUAGAGCUCUAGCACAGUCCCACCGUAAACUGAAAAUAUGCUUUUGGAGUCUUAGUAUGUAUGUUAUUUUUUCCAUUUGGUACAGUUCGCCAACUUUUUAGACCCAAGCAUUGUAGGUGGGUGGCUCUAAUUGCAUCCACUUAAUAGUAAUGCAUUUCAAGGCUGCUACAAAAAAGAUAUUUAAGAGAUAUAAUUUAGCUCUACCCUGUAUACCUGCUGGAAUGAUACCGAGUAAUGCGACGGUGGGAUCCUUAUAAAACUUUGUUUUAUAAAACUUUCUGUUUAAUUCCGUAAACUUUCUGUAAACGUUUAAAUAAAAUAUG